AUGAGUCAAAAGACGACCAUCCUCUUUAGCCUGCUGGCGGUUGCCACGGCGCGCUUCGGUCAGGAGCAGGUCCCCGUGGCCGCGGUGCAGGCCCUUUCGAACCGCGGCCAGCCCGGCGCCUCGGGCACGCUGUCGGGCGCGGUGCCUGGUGUCCUCCUCGCGGCCGCGGACCCCUGCGCCAAGCUGACGCUGGCCGACGACAUUGUCAAGCAGCUGGGCAACACGGACGACGUGGUCGCCGCGGCCAAGGGCGUCGUCGCGGCGGAGCAAAAUUUCAACCCCUUUGUCGUCGACAAGCCCAGCAUCUGCGGUGACGCCUCGCUGCCCGCGACGGCGGCCCUCCGGGGCAUCGUGCCGCUCGUCGACCCGGCCGUGGGCGGCUCCGACGUGGAGAAUGCCAACUCGGCCAAGUCGGUGGACCAGCCGUUUAACGCGGAGGGCCUAUCGGUUGCCCAGGUCAUGGACGCGCAGGGCUUUUCCAACUUUACGGUCAAGGGCGAGGCGGGCAACCAGGCCCAGAACGGGACAGGGAAUGGAGAUGGUGGAAACGCAGGCAACGGGAACACGGGCAACACGGGCAACGGCAAUGCUGGCAACGGCAACGCCAACAACGGCAACGCUGGCAACGGCAACGCCAACAACGGGAACAAUGCCGGAAGCUGUGGCGCCGGUGGAGGCAACAAGUCGAACAACGCCGGCAAGAAGAGCAAGGGCAAGAACCACAAGGGCCACGGCAACGGUAACAACAACAACGGCAAUGGCAACAACGGAAACGGAAACGCCAACAACGGCACCGUGAACAACGGCAAUGCUAACAACGGCAACGGCAACGGGAACGGUAACAAUGGAAACAACAACGCCAACAACGGCAACGCCGGAGGCAACAACGGCGCCGACUUUGGCAAAUGCACGCCCACCAUCGACUUCCAGCUGGGCCGCGCCGGGCGCAAGGCCGACGAGGGCACCUUUCUGCCGACCGACGCCCUCGUCGCGCAGGGCCAGCAGGACGCGCUCAACCCCAACAUCAUCACCAACCGUGUGUGCGACCAGCUGACCAACGUGUGCGAGGCAAACGACGCGGCCAAGGCGCUGUGCCGCGACGCGCAGGCCAAGAUCCAAGCGUCGGGCGACCGCAGCGCCGCCGCCGCAACGACGUUCAACAGCUUGCUGGGCUUCUAG